AUGGAUCCAGCACAAAUUAUCCCUCAGAUCGCAUCCCUGUCCGUUCGGGACAGUCCUGCCAAGCGUCUAAACGACGACGUCCUGCGCCUCAUCUUUGAGGAGACUGUUCUAGGGCAACAUGACAAGAUACCUGAUCGCAAUAAACAAGCACUGACUCUGCUCCUCGUUUGUCGGAAGUGGAACCUGGUGGCCUCUACAACACCCAGGCUUUGGACUUCUCUGGGUAUUCGACUGCCUGCUGAACACACCGUGUGUGCUCCCCAAAUUAUGGAUCGUAUCGACAGGUGGUUCGGAAGGUGUGGAAGCAUGCCGAUUUCUCUUGUGCUCCAGGCUAUUCCCCACCCAAAGCAACUCCACAGGCUUCUGAACCCGUCUCCCGGCCCCUUUCCGAUCAUCAGGAGUGAUUUAGAGUCGUUCAAGCCUCUCGCCUCCAGGCUCAAGGUGCUCAGCCUGGAUGCAGAUAAAGGCUCGACACUCUUUGAAUCCUUACAGGUUUCAAACAACCAUUAUUCUUGGGCUUCUGUCGUCUGGUCCGAGCUGGAGACCCUCGUCAUCACUAACCCCGCGAGCUACACGAUCUCGGACUCCGAUGUCAAUGUUUACUGUAUGGGGUCGAUGCCUCGUCUCAACGAUCUGACUCUCACUCUCCAAUUCUCUCGCUUGAAGCUAUGGGAACAUUGCUUUCCCUGGCACCAGCUCACCCGGCUGGUCAUCGCCUUCCCCGUGUUCUGGGCAGUAGGUUUACAGGACGUUAUGUCUCUUCUUUCUCGAUGCGCGAAUGUGGAAGAGCUCAUUGUCACGUGGUGGGAUAUCCUCCCUGGCAACAAUCCCAACGUCAUUGGCUCAACGGUGACCUUUCCCGAGUUAAAGAAACUAAUCGUGUGUGACAGGUCCCAGGUCUACCAGGACAUCGGGUCCUUCCUGCAAGGUUUCAAAGCCCCCAAUCUGGAGACGCUAUCCAUCUCGGUGUUCAACCCCAGGGACUCGCCUGCAUAUAACGCUGAUGUCGGGGUCCAACUCACGGAGCUCAUUCGGCAGUGCCAAGGCACUCUCCGCGCUCUCAGGAUUGAGAACUUGCUGCUCCCGACCGGAGUCUUGACUGAAAUCCUUUUGCAGACGCAUAAUCUCCAGGUCCUCUCACUCGCCCAAAAACGGGUUGAUGUCCCAUUCCUGGAACAGUUCCGAUCCAACUGUGGGUUCCUUCCCAACCUUGAGGAGAUGGCGUUGAGAUUGGGUAUCCGGAUCUCGGAUCGGCGUCUUAUGUGGAAGCAUAUGGGGAAUUCAUCGAGUCUAGACAUGUUGUUGGUUGUGUUCCGCACAACGAGCAUUGUCAGUGUUUGA